AUGAUUUCAGGAAAAACAACAAGAGGGUUAUUUCAAAAUACCACUCGUGGUAUUCAAUGGAGAUCUUCACUGAUAAGAAGUGUUAAAUCAUACCGUUCGUACAGUUCGAACUCUGGCACCACCACUUCAGUAUCAGGAUCUAUUUGGAAGUAUGUUGUUGGUUUAGGAGCUGGUAUCGUGAUUAGCAAAGGGUAUACAUUGUAUGAAUCGAAGAAUGCCACUCAUAAUAGCAAUGAGGACGCUUCUACAACACCACUUUCCCAAUUGGAUACUCCAGAAUAUGCCAAUGAAAAGGAUUUCCAAUUUGCAGUCAAGUUGAUUUCUGAAAUUGUAGGACAAGAUAGAAUUAGUACUGAUGAAGAACAUUUGAAAAGUCAUUCAGAUUCAUUUUUCAGUACCCAUCAUCCUCCAAACCCAGAAAUUCAAAAACCAGGAAUUGUUGUGAGUCCUUCUUCAACUGAAGAAGUUGCAGAAAUUAUGAAGAUUGCCCAUAAAUAUAGAGUCCCCAUUGUCCCAUCUUCAGGGUUGACUUCUCUUGAAGGACACUAUAUUCAUACAAGAGGACCCAGAACCAUUUCUCUUUCUUUCUCACUGAUGGAUAAAAUUUUAGAAUUCCAUCCAGAUGAUUUGGAUGUUGUACUUCAACCAGGUGUUGGAUGGCAAGAUUUAGAUGCCUAUUUACUCUCGAGAGAAGAUGGGAAACAUUUAAUGUUUGGGCCUGACCCUGGUCCCGGUGCACAAAUCGGUGGGAUGGUUGCAAGUUCUUGUAGUGGUACCAAUGCUUAUAAAUAUGGAACCAUGAAGGAAAAUGUUAUCAAUUUGACGGUUGUUUUGGCUGAUGGUACUAUUGUCAAGACCAAGCAAAGACCUAGAAAGUCAAGUGCUGGCUAUGACACUACUCGUUUAUUCAUUGGCUCUGAAGGUACUCUUGGAAUUAUCACUGAAGCCACUGUAAAACUUCAUGUUCGUUCUAAACAAGAAUUUGUUAGUAUUGCCAGUUUCCCCAGUAUUGCUGACGCCGCAGCAACUGCUAGUGAAGUUAUUUCUAAAAGUGGACUUCAUCCAAAUGCUAUUGAAAUCUUGGAUUCUACAACUGUAUCCUUUGUUAAUCUGAGAGGUGACCUGAAAUUAUUCGAUGAAGCUCCAACUUUAUUCUUUAAGCUCGGUGGUGCUACCAAGGAAUCUAUUGAUGAACAAGUUAGUUUAAUUUCCAAGAUAGCCAAGAAAAAUAACUUGAUUAAAUUUGAAUCAUCUUCUAAUGAAGAUGAAAAUGCAGUUCUUUGGGCCGCUAGAAGAAAUGGGCUUUGGUCUACUAUUGAAUAUGGAGCCAAGAUUCUUGAAGAUAAAGAAGAUGUCAAUGUAUGGACCACUGAUGUUGCCGUACCAAUUUCCAACCUUACAGCCAUGAUCAAGGAAACUAAUGAUGAUUUGAAUAAUCUGGGAUUCCAUAAGAAGUUUUCUGUCAUGGGACAUAUAGGAGAUGGGAAUUGUCAUUUCCUUUUGUUAUACAAUUCCAAGGAUUAUGGUAAGGCACAAGUUCUUGUAGAUCGUAUGGUACAUCGUGCAUUGAAAUAUGAAGGUACUUGUACUGGUGAACAUGGGGUUGGUAUUGGUAAGAGGAAGUAUUUAGAUCUGGAAUUAGGAACUUCCACAAUUGAUUUGAUGCGUCAUCUUAAGCUUUCACUUGAUCCUCGUCGUAUUUUGAAUCCAGAUAAAGUGAUUAAGAUUGAUCGUAAUGAUGAUUUAGAUGAACAAUUAGAUUCAGGACAUAUUAUUGAAGCAAAGGCAUGUUGUCAUUAA